AUGUCUGACCGGAAGAUCGGCGGUAAAAUAUCUUCAACAUCUGAGGGAAUUGAUCCAAAGACUCGAAAAAAGAUAUUUGAUAUAAAUGUUCAAAUGAUUUCUCAUGAUAGCCAUUCAUUUAAGCGUUGCAUUAUAAGACGCAGAAUAGAAGAUUUCGAUGGGGAAGUGGACUUCUCAUAUUUACCCGUUGUCCUACGCGAGUAUGAUGAUAAUGAUAAUCAAAUGCUAAAGGAUGAAAUAUCUAGACAAGGACAAAUGUUUAUGGAAAUUUCCAGAAAACAAAAUUGCUUUAUGAAUUAUAAUGGUUCGUUAUUGCGCUGGAAGGAAGUAGAUCAUUGCUGGCAAGUAGAAAAGACAAUGGCCAAUGGUCGUGUCAUUAUUGAUCUCAAAAGCUUUGCAACUAUGAAUCCAGGCUAUAGAAUGGGAAAUGCCAAACCACCCAAUAAGUGUGGCGUUGAACUUCUUACCAGGAAAGGUGAUUAUAUCAUGUUAGAUCAAAUAAAUGAAGAAGAGUUCUAUCUUCUUACACCUGCGGUAAUAUACGGGUUUAGCUUCGCGUUGAAAGAGUGGGGUCAGUUUGAAGUUUUGGGUCUUUCAAAAAUUAAUUUUAAUGAAAAUGCUUUUGAUCAAUUGGAGUUGUCCAAAGAUAAAAAAGAUAUAAUUAGAGGGUUGGUAAUGCAGUAUAGUGAAUAUGGUCAGAUGAGAAUAAAACCGCUUGAUCCAAUCUCCAAUAAGGGUAAAGGCUGUAUUUUUUUAUGCUAUGGACCACCUGGUACUGGGAAAACAUUGACUGCUGAAAGCGUUGCCGAAUUUCUCAAAAGGCCAUUAUGGACUCUUAGUGUAAACGAGCUUGGAACAAAUCCUGUAGACCUAGAAAAUAAAUUGCGUAGCGUUUUAGAAGUCGCCAUUAAGUGGAAUGCUAUUAUUCUUCUCGAUGAAGCUGACAUUUACCUCGAAAAACGUGAUAUUGCCGACCUAAAACGUAACACGUUAGUUGGCAUAUUUUUGCGGCUAUUAGAAUAUUAUCAAGGUGUCCUCUUCUUGACAACAAAUCGUGGCAUGAAUUUGGAUGAUGCAAUAUAUUCGCGAAUUAACAUGACUAUCCAUUACCCUAAACUUGGUUUUAAGGAAAGACAUAAAAUCUGGACAAAUUUCCUUAAGAAUGCUGAUCUAUCCUUUGAAGCUGAUGAUUUUAGUAAAUAUGAAUUGAACGGUCGUGAUAUUCGUAAUAUCCUUCACACAGCGCGAACGUUGGCUCAGAGUAAAGAAGAAUCUCUAACUCCAAACCAUGUGAUCAAUGUAAUUGAAACCAUUCAGAAAUCUCGGAAUGAGAUGCAAGAAAUGAAAAAGACAAUUACAGCGAACGAAACAGAGGGUUAUGAAAAUUAA